UGCUGGCUCAAGUGUGUAUGUGUGGCUGAGUUUGUGAAUUUGCUUUGCUGCUCGCGGAAUGGCUUCCAUGGCCGCACGCUGCGCUUCUUCGGCCCUGCUCGGGGCGCUGGAGCCUCUGCCCACGGCGGCUGCGUCUUCUCUCGCUGUUUCGAAAGGUGUUUCUGCCGUUUUUCCAGCCAAGAAAGGGCUGGAAUUGGCCUCAGGGGCGGUAUUAAGAGGUGCGAGCAGCGCUCGAAGUGCUGUAUGGAGCGCGGAGAGUAGAGCGGCCGGGGUUUGCAAGGUGUUCAAGGGAGUGAGGGCGAGUGGUGCUGGAGUGAUGGAGAGCGCGCCUCCUGCCACGCGCGAGGAUCCUGUCAUCGUGAAUGUGGACCUCGGUGACCGAAGUUACCCUAUCUACAUCGGCGCGGGUUUGCUCGACCGGUCUGAGCUUCUCCAGAAGCACGUCAAAGGCAAGAAGGUACUGAUUGUGACAAAUGAGACUGUUGCCCCAAUCUAUUUAGACAGGACGAUCGCAGCGUUGAAACAUGGAGGCUUCGAUGUGGAGAUUGAAAGUGUGAUACUUCCAGAUGGAGAAAAAUACAAGGAUCUUCCAACGCUGAUGAAGGUUUACGACAAGGCCAUUGAGACACGGAUGGACAGGCGGUGCACUUUUGUUGCAUUGGGAGGUGGAGUAAUCGGGGACAUGUGUGGUUAUGCUGCUGCUUCUUAUCUUCGUGGUGUCAAUUUUAUCCAGAUUCCUACGACCCUCAUGGCACAGGUAGAUUCUUCUGUUGGUGGAAAGACUGGUGUCAACCAUCCACUUGGAAAGAAUAUGAUAGGGGCUUUCUAUCAACCUCAGUGUGUCCUUGUGGACACCGACACCCUCAACACGCUUCCUGAUAGAGAGCUUGCCUCUGGCAUUGCUGAGGUUACCAAAUACGGACUUAUCCGCGAUGCUGAAUUCUUUGAAUGGCAAGAGGAGAACAUGGAAGCAUUGCUAAGCCGCGACCCCAAGGCUCUCGCAUUUGCAGUAAAGAGGUCCUGUGAGAACAAGGCAGAAGUGGUAACCCUGGACGAGAGAGAAGGUGGGCUUCGGGCAACCUUGAAUCUUGGACAUACAUUUGGGCACGCAAUUGAGGCAGGUAUUGGUUACGGUGGUUGGUUACAUGGUGAGGCGGUAGCAGCUGGGACUGUCAUGGCUGCUGACAUGUCCUUGAGACUCGGCUGGAUCGAUGAGACCCUGUUCAACCGAAUUGUCAAUCUGUUAAAGCGUGCGAACGUUCCUAUUUCUCCUCCGGAGUCUAUGGAUGUGCAGACUUUUAAAACAAUUAUGGCUGUUGAUAAAAAGGUUGCUGAUGGCUUGUUGAGGCUCAUUCUCCUGAAGGGACCUCUUGGUAACUGUGUGUUUACUGGGGAAUAUGAUCGGAAAGCUCUCGACGAGACCUUGGAAGAGUUCUGCAAAUCCUAGACGACGAGCAAUUUUCUUCCAGUCUCAUUCUUCAAUGCUAUGAGCAGUUCAGUCUUCCCAGUUGUAGUUUUGUAGUGCAGCACUUGUAAUUCGUAGUGAAUUCGCAGUGAGCGGAAGAGUGCUCUAAACUUCUCCACAAGUCAUUUAUGCGUGUAGUAUACCUUGAGUUAACUUCAGCCGGAAAACCUACCAGGGACUUUGUUUCUAUCUUUAUUUUUAACUCCUAAUCACCUAAAGCCCAUUGCUGUAAUGUGGUCACGUAGAGGAUUGUACUCGUCAGGGUCGACUUCGCUAGGAUUAAAGACCGUUGACGACCAAUUUUGGGUCAAGACUUGUCACACUCUGACAGUUUAAUUUCAUGCACUCAGCGUUUGUGGAACAGUAUGCUUCAGAUGUUGACGGCAUUUUCUACUUGUU